ACAGAGAGAGAGAGAGAGAGAGAGAGAGAGAGAGAGAGAGAGAGAGAAUGAAAUGAUGGUGACCAUUGCAAAAUGACCAAGCAACACCUAUGUAACUGUACAGUGUACAACAAAUCCAAUGAACUAAUAGCCCCAGAUAUAAGCAGUGAAAAUAGGUACUUAAAAUAUGCUAACAAUGCGGAAGGAAUAGCUAUGACCCUUUUACCUCCAGACAUGCAAAAACAUUCGACUCGAGGACAGCCAUGGUGUGAUAUAGCUAUUGAAGAAAUUGACACUGCUGAUCUGAUCACUUUGUAUGACUGAAAACUAAAAGCAAUGAAAGACAGGAGUAAUGGAAAGGCAUCCCAAGGGAGAGAAAAUGACUGUUCCCUCCUUUUGUUUAGUUGAGAAGGGGAAAAGGAGGAAGAAGAAAAGGGAUGCUGUUUGUUUUUGCUAUUGCCAUUACAUGCAAAAAAAGGGGGUGGUUAUUUUAUUUGGUGGAUGCAAACAUGAAAAAGAGACUCCUUUCCAUCCUCCUAUCCAACUCAUUGUCAGGCAGAACAAAACUGGAUGGAAUGUGUUUUCCUCCCCUUUUCCUUUCCAUCUCGAUCUUCCUACCACAUGGCGCGAAAGAGAAAACCUAUCAAUCCUUCCUUUCUUGCCUCAUCCUCUUUCCUACCACCAAACCGACCAUAAGCAUUAUCCUUUGAGCAUAACUGCAGAACCAAAAUUGCAAGUUAUUUAAGCACCAUGCUAACAUUGGCUUCCCAUUCCCCACCCCUCCAGAAACUGGGCAUCCAUUCUAGUCUUCUGGAUCCAAUGCCCUGGAACCUGCAUAGAUGAUGUUUUUGCAAUGCAAAAGGCACUUAGGGACUGUUGCUGCAGAAUUUGAAAGUAAAUUUCACUUUCAAGUUGAUUUGAUGUUCCAAAACACUUUCCAGGAAACCAAAUGAAAAGAA